ACAUUACGCAUGCGCAGUGUGUCGCGUAAGUCCAGAGUGUAGCCCUUGAGGAAACAGAGGAUAUUGAAAAACACUCUUUUAUUACAUAAUUCGUGCUUGUCAGUCGUGAGUAAGUAAUUCCCACGAUCGAGGAGUACCCCGACUGGCAGAUGGGAGGUGACUGAACGAAGAGGAUGAUUCAAACCUCAGAAAAAGUGGACACAACCAGACCCCCAGUUGUCGGGCAUAUGAGCUUCGACCAUAACCCUGUUGAGAACGAAACACAGGCGGUUAGAGAAAACUCGGUCGAAGCGUCCACCUCCAGCAGUGAUGCCCAGUAUCCACCGGACAUCAAGAGUGGGUUUGAGGAGCUGUGUCCAGUGUGCGGAGACAAGGUGUCAGGCUACCACUAUGGCCUGCUUACCUGUGAGAGUUGUAAAGGUUUCUUCAAGAGAACAGUCCAAAACAAGAAAGUAUAUUCCUGUGUAGAUAAUAGAAGCUGCCAAAUAGACAAGAGUCAACGAAAAAGAUGUCCAUAUUGCAGAUUUCAAAAAUGUCUGACUGUGGGCAUGAAGUUAGAAGCUGUGAGAUCAGACAGAAUGCGAGGAGGGAGAAACAAGUUUGGUCCAAUGUACAAGCGAGACAGAGCAUUAAAGCAGCAAGCUCUUCGCCAGCAGCAGCAGAUAGUGUCCCAUUGCCAGAUGAGACUAGCGAAUGGUAUGGCAGCGAUGCCUGGAUCCCCAGAAGACAUCAAGCCAGAUCCAGCUCUGUUAAACAUCUCUUACAGAAUAGAUUCACCCCCUGGAAGUAUGGGUGGUCAGACCAGCAUAACAUGUCCAUCUCCUCCUCUUGGUAACCAUAACAAUAAUAGCAACAGUAACAACAGUAACAGCAACAGCAACAGCAACAGUAACCAAAACAACACUGCCCAACAUACCUCGAGUCCACUGCCUCUAACCUCACACCAUCGUGCUCUGUCACCACUAAACUCUUAUCCUAUGUCAUCCUCCUACCCCUCAGUGAUGGAUGCUCUGCGCACCUACCACCCGUCAACACCUCAGAUGUCCACAGCAAUCAUGCCUCCUCAGCUAGUGGCAGAUCUUAAGUCAAGUAUGGCUGAGGAAGCUGAGGUCAAACACAAGCUAUUAACAUUUCUACAGACAGAAUUUGGGCAGCUGGAUGUAGCAGGACACCCAGAGCAUUUUCUACAACUGAUGUGUAAGAUGACUGACCAGCUGCUCUUCCUCAUGGUGGAGUGGGCACGCAGCUGCUUCUUUUUCAAGGAACUCAAGGUGGAAGAUCAGAUGAAGCUACUCCAAAACUCCUGGAGUGAAAUACUUAUUUUGGACCUAGUAUUCCGUCAAGUCAGCGAGUCUUGGUCUAGUGACAUUAUUCUGGCAAGUGGCCAUAGGAUUGGCUUCGAUGUGCUGGACAAACUGGGCCUGAGUGAUGUAAAGGCUAGAAUUUAUGAACUCAUAAAAAAGGCCAAGGACCUUAAGAUUGAUGUCUAUGAAUAUGCGUGCCUUAAAUUUCUGAUUUUGCUCAAUCCAGAUGUGUCAGGAUUGGAAAACCGUCACUAUGUCGAGCAGAGCCAGGAAAAAGUAAAUGCUGCACUCCUUGAAUAUUGCCUUAAUUUCUACCCAGAAAUGAAGGACAAAUUUGGUCAAGUACUGUUGCGACUUCCUGAAAUCCGUCUCAUUAGUAUUCAAGGAGAGGAGUUUCUCUACUACAAACACCUGAGUGGAGAAGUGCCUGACCAGACCUUGCUCCUGGAGAUGCUGCACUCAAAGAAGAAAUAGCAGCUGGUUGUGAGGAAACAGACAGCUAUCAUGUAGCAUGUGUGUGUGAUCAGUGCAUCAGUCAUCAGCUGAGAGACACUACAGCAAGCUAUCUCUGUACAUGACAUGUAAAUAAACUGGGAAGCUGGCAGACUGCCAUCAACUCUUACGUAAACAGGGCAGAUUGGAAGAAGAGCCAUGGACAUAGCAGCUUUUUGUUGACGCUUAUAUCAUAGCCAGGAAAACUCACUGAUGUAUACAAUAAGUAGUUCUACAAGUACGAGAGACUUUAACAGACGGGGCGAGUUGACAAUCAUUGUUGCCUCACUUAUCAGGGUGUGCAUACACCAUGCAAGGUAGCUUGUACAUAUCUCAGACAAAAUAGUGACGAUGACUUAAUGUACAUCUCUCCAUCACAGCAAAUCUUGUAGUUAUGUUUUGUUAUCAGUCUUUCAUUGAGAACUAGGUAUUGAAGAGUGUUUCCCAUUGUGGUGACGUUUCUGUGUUGUACAAUCCUUGUAGUACAAGUAAAGACAGAUUGUAGUGCUCCAUUUAUAGUGCUUACCUGGCUGUCUUCAAUAAUGAGUAUGAAUGUUUUAGUCAUCUAGUCCCUCAUGCUACCUUAACCAAAAACGCUAUACUGCAUUUUGUUUGAAAGCUGCAUACAAUUUGUUCAACUAAAACCACUGUGACCUGGAAAAUUACCCAAUAUUUUACUCCAGAAUCAGAUCACAAUUUAUCUCCCAACAGGAGAGUUGUUUAUUUUUGUCGAGUCGACCAUUGCAAAUAAUGGUGAUGUGAAGAAUGCUUGAUUGAUGUUUGUCCGUUGCAGCAUCUGCUGAUAUAGGUAUAUUGAGAUCAGCACACAGUAUUAGUUCAAGAAGUGUGGAUGUUGAGAUGAAACAUAUCAAAAUACUCAAGUUAUAACCAAAUUCUGAAGCAUGUAAGAGCACUUUUACUUUUAGGAUACGCUAGUGAUCAACCAGUAGUGGAGGGUGUGACCUUGCUACACCACAUGUCAUGUUUCAAAGAUAUAUGCUUCUUAUGCCCCUCAGGAUAUGGUUCAGGUUUGCUGAAACUGUAAGGGAUUUCAAGUUUUCCAUGCUGCUUUGUACCAUACCCCAUAGACGACAUGGAACAGCAGUUUUUACCAUGACCACUUGUGGCAUGUGUGCUGCUUGCUGGCAGCAAGUGGAAGUCAUACACCAUACUAAACAAGGCAGCAUCAUUGACAGUGGACUAUAUUUAAGUUAGUUUCACACACUUCACAUGUCCUUGUCUUGUCAACAGUGUGUCUUGGCUGAGAGGUUAAACUUUACUUCUGGUUACUUUUAGUACUUGUACCUCUUGUGUAGGGAUCGAUAGCUGUACACAGGAUUACUACAGUCUUUGCAUAGAAGGUCAAGCAGGAACCUCUCAUAUAUCUAUGUAUAAGAAAGUAUAGUUAUACAGACAUUUCAAGACAAACUUGUUUGUAGUUGGUGUUCUUGGUGUUUGUACUCUGAGGAAUGACGUAGUUGUGCUAUUUGUGAGCCAUCAAGUAAAAGACUAUUAAUUGGUGUUGGAAGCGUAAAGACAUCCCACAUUUCCAUCUCUCAUCAGGAACCUACAAGUGCAUUGUCCAACAAGUGCUCUUAUUCGCAUUUAUUGUAACAUGGGACUUUACAAACCCUGUCAUCCAGUGCAUGUGCCUGCUUAGGGGACAGAUGUGGUAGUCUUUGGAUAUUGCUAGAUGUAUUUCACUUCCCAUUGGAACAAAAGUAUGUGUAGCAAGAAAAAACUUUUUAUCUAAUCUUAUAAAGAAAACACACUGUAAUACUUUCAAACAGAAAUAGAGUAAUCAUGAUCAGCACCUGUUGUCAUAGUUUCAUUAAUAAUCAGUACAACUUGAACAUGGUGUCAACACAGGAGACAUAAAAGGACAGAUUAAAUGAGAAUUCAAUAGAUAAAUAUUUAAAUCCUUGUUAUUUAAGGGAGCUGGCCUUUGCUGAACAAAUGUAUGUUUUGUACAUUCAUUUCUUUUCACAAAUGGCUGUACCCCUAAUGGAGAGUAAUGGGAAGACUUGCUCCAUUCAUGUGAAUAUGCUAACCACACUAGCUUUGUAUAUUUGUAUUAAAGCAGGCUUUUGUAUAUAUAGUGUGACAGCUUGUUGGCAACUUGUUGAUGUAUUGCUAUACACAAUGGCCUCAAUGGUUAUUUCCUGGUAAUCACCAGCUUACAAUGAAUGUGAUAUCUUUAUUGACAUCAAGUUUUUAGAACAAAAUAUUUAAUCUCUGUUAUGUGAAAACGGCUUCAAAAGUACAGCCUGAUUUUAUAUUCUUAUGUUAUUGUUAUGUUAUGGUGAGUGAUUAUAACAUGUUAAAGAAUUCCUGUAUUUGGAAGACUGUAGCUAGAGUAUGCUACUGAACUGUGGUAGAAUGAGGAAAUAAUCAUUGAGAAUGGCCUACCUUGUCGCAUGUCGAUCUCUUUUACUCUGGCAGGAAUUUCUACAUCAUUUCAGCAUACGUGCUGUUGUAUGGUGCAUCAGAUUUGAAUAUAUAUAUAUAUAUAUAUUAUAUAUAUAUGGUCUUUGUAAUCAAAAUGUGAAUAUUGUAUUUCCCUAUGGCCAUGCAACAUGUCAGCAUGGUAUUCUGGUUAGCUGUUUCAUGUUGGUGAGUGUUACAUGUACAAACUUGUUGCAUUGGGUGGCAUUAGAGAUGAUGCUGUCACCUGGCUGGUGCCAGCUGCCGACUCCCACUGGCUGGGCAUGUCACAGAGUAUUUCCAGUCAGGGACAUAUCUUGCCAGUUGAUCAGUACAAAUACUAAAGCUAAAAGCUGAGAAGUGACAUCCAUCAUAAUGACAUUCAGAUGUUACCAGUUUACAGUAAGACUUAAAUGGUUGCCUUCAGUGGCAUCAUCACAGCUUAUGGUUAAGGUGUGACUGUCCAAGAUUACUGUUUAAGUAUUAAAUACUAUUUAUAAAGUUACAAGUACUGAACUUUUUCUGUAUGCAUGGUAACAUAUAGAUGGAAAGGUAUAGCUUUCAUUGUAAGUGGGGACACAGUGAUGGAUGGAACUGAUAAAGGUGUAGAAUGUGUCCCUAGAUAGAUGGAGUCAUGGUUGCUGCCAUCAGAAUAUGUCCGUUUUCUCAUAGGGGUAUGUCAGACAGGUGGUCAUGUUUCUUUUAAUCGAAAAGUUUUUCCCAAUUUGAUGUCUCAACUGCAAAAUGGUCAUAAUGCUGGUAUUAGAGCACGGACAAGCGCAUUUUGCAGCAGACACUUGAAAACAGAUAUAUAGACAGCAUCAAGGCAGUUAGGAUAUAAUGUCCCAGUUAAUGUAGCAUCUUAUGGGGUAACAUGGGCAUUUGCUAGUUAUGAGAAUAGGAUUAUGAUGUAAAUACUGUAAUCUCCGUCAGUCGCUCAUGUUCUUUGUUGUCACAUGGAAACUUGUGUAUCACUUCUCAGCUUUAAAUGUACUGUAAUGAAUUUGUGCUGACAUGUGAAAUUCCACGUGAACUGUGAUAAUGGAGAUGUCGUGAAAAAUAAACUGGCCAAUCAAAGCUAA